AUGACAACCUCUUUCCCUCUUCACUUCACUUCAUCUCUUCUCACCUCAUUCAAGAUGUCUGACGGCCAUAUCAACACCGCUUUCUCGCUCAUCGAGAAUGAUGAGUCCAAGGUCCUCACCAUGACCAUCGGCAAGCACGAGAAUGUGCAGCCCGGAGCUCGUCUUCCUCGCAAAGAUGCCCAAGAUCCACCAAAGCUCUCCUUCGCCGGCGCAAAGCCCGACACCAAAUACGUGGUCGUGAGCCUGGACAUCGACGCCCCCUUCCCAUCCUUCGGGGUACUGGGUCCCAUCCUGCACUGGAUCCAAUCUGACGUCAAAGUCACUGAGUCUUCUGCACUCGAGUUCAACGCUCCCUUCAUUGCUAAUUGGAUUGGACCUGCUCCUCCCCCUGGAAGUGCGCCUCAUCGUUACAUCUUCUUCCUGUACGAGCAGCCUGAUUCUUUCAACCUCAAGGAUCAUGCCCCUGCUGAUGGAAAGGCUCUCUCGAACUGGAAUCGUAUGCGUUAUGAUCUUGAUGCGUGGGCUGAGCAGGCCAAGCUGGGUCCCCCUGUUGCUUUCAACUAUUUCGUCUGCAACUAG